AUGGGAUUUUUAGUGGGUUUAGUAAUUGGGGUAGUUUUUGGGCUGGGAUUAAUUUUUGCUUUUGUUCGAUCCGAAAAUGCUCGAUCCCAGCAACGCUCCGACCGUGCUACUACAGUCGCGGCGUUUGCUAGAAUGACAGUGGAAGAUUCUAGAAAGUUACUGUGCCCGGAGUAUUACCCUUCAUGGGUUGUGUUCUCCCAGCGCCAGAAGUUGACUUGGCUUAAUCUUCAUCUGGAAAAGAUAUGGCCCUAUGUCAAUGAGGCAGCGUCUGAGCUCAUAAAGGCGAAUGUAGAACCAGUCUUGGAGCAAUAUAGACCGGGGAUAUUGGCGUCUUUGACAUUUUCCAAGUUAACGCUUGGAACCGUAGCUCCUCAAUUCACAGGGGUUUCCAUUAUUGAAGAUGGCACUGAAGGUAUCACCAUGGAGUUAGAGAUACAGUGGGAUGGAAACCCAAACAUAGUACUUGAUAUUAAGACUUAUCUUGGUGUUGCUCUCCCUGUGCAGGUGAAAGAUAUUGGAUUUACAGGGGUUUUCAGGUUGAUUUUCAAACCGCUAGUUGACGAAUUGCCUUGUUUCGGAGCAGUAUGCUUCUCAUUGAGACAAAAGAAAAAGCUGGAUUUUAAGCUUAAAGUUGUUGGUGGUGAUAUAUCAACCAUACCUGGCCUUUCUGAUGCCAUUGAGAGCAUGAUAAGGGAUGCUGUUGAAGAUUCUAUUACAUGGCCAGUUCGAAAAAUUAUCCCCAUUUUGCCUGGAGAUUAUAGUGACCUUGAGCUCAAGCCUGUAGGAAUUUUGGAGGUGAAACUUGUGCAAGCAAAGGAGUUGACAAACAAAGAUAUAAUUGGGAAAUCUGAUCCUUAUGCUGUGUUAUAUGUGCGACCCUUGCGCAAUAGAAUGAAGAAAAGUAGGACUAUUAACAACCAAUUGAAUCCAAUCUGGAAUGAACAUUUUGAGUUUGUAAUUGAAGAUGCAUCAACACAACACUUGGUAAUAAAAAUCUAUGAUGACGAUGGGGUUCUUCAGUCAUCUGAACUAAUUGGAUGUGCUCAACUUCAGCUAAGUGAUCUCGAGCCUGGUAAAGUGAAGGACGUGUGGCUGAAAUUGGUGAAGGAUUUGGAGAUUCAGAGGGACAAUAAAAAUAGGGGGCAGGUGCAUUUGGAGCUUCUUUAUAUCCCUAAUGGCAUGAAAAAUGGAUUUACCAACCCCUUUGCUCGGAUGUUUUCAAUGACUUCACUGGAGAAGGUUCUUAAAAGUGAUAACAAAGGAAAAAAAUUAGUUGAAAAUGGCGGUGAAGUCAAAAGAAGGGAGGUAAUUGUGAGAGGGGUACUUUCUGUUACUGUGAUAUUGGCUGAAGACUUGGCACCUGCAGACUUCAUGGGAAAAGCUGACCCUUAUGUGGUACUUAUUAUGAAGAAAACUGAAUCAAAAAACAAAUCCAGGGUUGUGAAUGACAGUUUGAAUCCCAUCUGGAAUCAGACCUUUGACUUUGUUGUUGAGGAUGGAUUACAUGAUAUGCUAAUCAUAGAAGUCUGGGACCAUGACACAUUUGGGAAGGAUUACAUGGGAAGAUGCAUCUUGACUCUAACAAGGAGAGAAGUUGUGAAGUGGCAGAAGAUUCAUUAUAGGUUGGGGAAGAAAUCUGGGUGCAAACUCGUGGAGAUUUGCAACCUAGAGGGGUACAUUUCUUUCAUUUUCAUUGAUCAGGGCUUAAUUUCUUUGAAUUUUGUUGUUCAGUACAACAAACAAUUGUAG